AUGGCAUCUCGUUAUUCUUUUUGGAUGACAACCAGCCAACGUCCUGUGAUAAACUGUGUUUCCCUACGAGAACUUCACUUAAAGGGUGUGAGCAUAGGUGAAGAGGUACUCCAUGACUUAUUGUCGUCUUGUACCUUGCUUGAGAAGAUAGCGCUUAUAGAUUCUUGCAAGGAGUUCAAGUCUCUGAAGGUUAAAAACCUUCCUCGUCUUUAUGAAUUACGAAUAGCUUUGGAUGCUGCAAGCUCUACUGCUUUGGAACUCAGCGAUCUCCCAAAUCUUGACGUGUUUAGCUGCGAUCUACAUGAUUUGCGACCAUAUAUGCCACUUAUUCCAUUCAACGCCUAUUCAGUAUUCUUAGCAAGCAGCCUGACACAGUUAAGGUUAGAUGUUGUGAUACAGGACUACGAGUGUCUGGACAUGAUCAAAUCGGGACUUCCUUUUCUUGAUAAUUUGACCCUUUUUAUGAGAUAUUGGAUGUUGGGAAGCUUCCAUUUCACAUGUGCUUCCAUCAGGAGGUUGUGCUUGAUGUCGUGCAAAAGCAACCUAAUCGACAUACAAGUACACCACGAUUACACUCUCAUUGCCUAG